UUGUUCUUAAUAGGGGCAUCUUCCCCUACUAUACUGGAUAAGUUACAUUUUGAGUUGAACUUUCAAUAAUAACAGGUUAUUAAUAACAGCUUUGAGGAGCAUAUUGGUCAGAGGGAUAUGUAAAAAUAAUCUUAUGAGAAGUUCAAUCUUAUGGUAGGUUCAUUUUGAAAUCAUUAGUAUUGAUUAUUCACACAUAAAUCAUAAAUGAAAUCAUUCUCAACAACAUGAGGAUUAUGAUAGACUUGGGACAGACUCUGCUGUUAAACAGUAAGCAGGUUCUGUUCCCUAGGUGAAUGUGUCAGCCAAUCAAAAACAGAGAAAAGCCCAUACGUCAGCACCCGGCCCGGGCAACAAAGCACACGCGUUCACACUCUUGUCACCUGCAGCGGUACACACCUGUGCGCGUGGGUUGGGCUGGGUGCGGAAGCGCGCGGCCCCAGAGCUCAAACAGCGCGCGGCCAUGUGGGGGGUCAUCGCGUACCUGAACAGCCCCGAGCUGGUGGCCGCUUUCCAGCGAUGUUGUGGCCUGAUUCCGAGAGAGGCAUCCUCGUAUGUUACUCAAAACGGACUCGUAAACGCGAAUGGUUCCGAUGUGGACGGUUUGGUCAAGAUUCACCGGCGCAAAGCGCAGCAAAUGAGGAACGGGAUGUCACGCGCACAGGACAGUAACUUCAACUAUAAAUGCAUCAGUUCACAAUAUGACAACAAAGUCGGAGAGCAUCCUGGGCCUCAUUAUGAGGUGAAGAACUGGCUUUUCUAUUUUCUGUUUGUGUCGUCAGCCACUCUGGGACAUGAAGUCUUCUACAUCACCUUCCUGCCCUGCAUCCACUGGAACCUCGACCCGUUCCUGUGCAGACGCCUCGUCAACGUCUGGGCUGUGGUGAUGUAUAUUGGGCAGGUAAUGAAGGAUAUUUUAAAGCUGCCUCGUCCUUCAGCUCCUCCUGUGGUCAAACUGGAGACGCGCGUGGAUGCAGAGUACGGAAUGCCGUCCACACAUGCCAUGGCAGCAACAGCCAUCUCCUUUACAUUACUUCUCAGUGCUCAGGAGAGAGUGAAGUUCUACUUCGAAUUGGGAUUGAUUGUGGCCGUGGUUCUGUCUACACUGGUAUGUCUGAGUCGUCUUUAUACCGGCAUGCACUCUGCUCUGGAUGUGAUCUGCGGAGCUUUAAUUUCAGCCUUCAUCAUGGCUGUAUCAUACCCUUACUGGGGAACCUUUGACUUCCUGCAGCUUCACAGCCCAUUCUCCCCUGUAGUGGCGUUGGUUGUGCCCCUCUUCCUGUGUUACAAUUACCCAGAGUUAGACCAUUACAGCACCACACGGGGGGACACCACCAUUAUUUUGGGAGUCGGGGCGGGCUGCUCAGUCGGUUACUGGGUGAAUGAGAGAUUGGGCCUGACCUUUGACCUGUCCGGACCUCUUCCAGUGACCCUGCCACCUCUGACCCAUGUGGCCUUUGGUCUUGGUGUCGCACGGUUCCUGAUUGGGGUGGGAUUUCUGGUAUUGACCCGACAGACAGUGCGAUGGGCGAGCCUGCGGGUGUUCUGCUGGGUUUACGGAGUGUCUGCGAGUGAUGUCCAAGCUUGCAGGAGGAAAGAGAUCGAAGUGCCAUACAAGUUCUGCACGUACACAGCCAUCGGACUGGUCAAUAGUAUCAUAGUGAACCGAGUGUUUGUAAUGAUGGGACUGUGGGAUUUGGGAAAUAGGAUUUCUGUCUAAUUUCACUGAGACAGAAAUCUGUUUACAGACAUGUUACUUGCACUGUCUCAUCGUUUGAAGGGAAUUCCAUUUCAUAAACCUGUUUAGCUUUAAAUUGUAGCACUAAACAGAAUUUGUAAAACCUAGCACUGUAAGCACACCAAAUUUAAAUCAGUUUGAAAAUGUAAUUUUGGGAAUGCUGUUUACAUUGAUCUUGAGACAGCUGAGCUUAGAAAAUGCUUGAAAAUGCAUUGAUUUCACAAGGUUUACAUACACCAGAAUGCAGUUUUUCUCCACCAGAAACAGCGUUUUGAAAGGUUAUAAUUUGAUAAAAGCACUAACAUUAAUACUUCUGCUAAAACUUGUGUAAUUUUAGAGCUAUGAAGUUGUUUAAUUUUUGUGCGACCUUCGGGACAUUUUUGUUUUUUUUUUAUCAUUUUUGCUGUGUUAAUGCCAAUGGCAUAACUUUUGCCAAAGGUGUGUAUUUUUGGGGGAAUUUUGAUAUUUCAAAUUCAGUUCCUAUAAAACAUCUAUAAUACAUGGUGUACACAAAAUAGUUGCACUCAGGACCUUAAGGACAAAAAUGUCCCCAUUGAAGUCAUUAAAACUACAAUAUUUGAUCCCAGUGCCAUUAAAGCCUAAAAUCAUGAAUUCUAUGAUAUUAUGCUUUCAUUCUGGAGCCCUGGCUUCAAAAUUAUUUUUUUUUUAUAUUUUCCACCAGAUGGCGCCAUUUUUCUUAUGUUUAGCCUAUGGAGCAAAUACAUGCUUUUUCCCUAUUUUCUGUUUGUUGUAUUAUAGAGCACUGCAGGACAAUUGAAUAGGACAAUUGUAUGGUUGGUAUGGAUAUCAGAGUGUUUUGUAUGUGUAUAUUGAGAAAUGUGUGUGUGUGUGUUUAAAAAACAAACAGUGGCAUUAUGUAAACAAACUGGCAUUUAAAAGAUUAUAGUCCUGAAAAUGAAUUAAUAUUUGGUAGUUAUGAUCAGGACUGAUGUUGGAUAAAAUCUAAGUCAGUGAAAGUGGAAAAUAAUAUUAAUAUCUAAUAUUUUUAUAGCAGUUUUUUUUAUGCUAACAUUUUUGUCCUCUACGGUCCUGAGUGAGUUUUUUUUUUUUUUUUUUUUUUUUAAAUCUGACACUGCACAAAAAAUUAAAAUGCAUCAAAAUCAAUAUUGUUGCU